AUGCUUGGGAAGUCAGCAGAGGUGGAGGUCCAAGCACCAAAUAUAGCGUUCGGCAACCAGCCCAUCAAACCCUUUAAGGACGUGACAUUGACUACGUCCAUCGUCGGAUGCAGGUGGAUUUUGCCGGGGCUGGAGAGGCUGGAUGAGUUUUACACCAGCGCAGUCCAGAGCUCCGGUGCUGAGGGAAGGGAAAAGCUGUUGGGAAAUGCUGAGCGUACAGGAAGACUUUCUGACAUUUGUUUUUCUCCCAAAGGAUCCAGCGACAUAAGGAUUGUGAUUCUGGGAAAAACUGGAUCUGGGAAAAGCAGCGCAGGAAACAUUAUUCUUGGGGAAGAAAACUUCAAAGUAUCAUGUCUUUCUAAGUCUGAAACUCAAAUAUGUGAAAGCAGCGAAAGUAGCUAUAAUGGGAGGAAAAUCACAGUAGUUGACACACCAGGAAUAUUUGACACUGACAGGUCUGAGAAAGACCUCAAGCAAGAAACAGUGUCGUGUCUCGUUGAAUGUGCCCCGGGUCCACACGUCUUCAUCCUGGUGAUCAAAAUUGACAGGUAUACUAAAGAGGAGAAGGAGGCUGUGAGAAAAUUACUACAAUGGUUUGGGGAGGAGGCCUUGAAACGUACGGUCAUUCUGUUCACCCACGGUGAUAAACUCAAACAAGGUGUCACUGUGAAAGAUUAUAUAAACAGCGAUGCUGACCUGAAGAAAAUUAUUGACAAGUGUGAAGGCCGAGUCCACGUCAUCGAUAGCGAGUACUGGAACAAAACAGAUGAGAACAAUGUUCGGAAAGAUCUCCUGGACAAAGGAAAGAAGAUGAUGCUGGAGAAGCUAGAGGCUGGGCUGCUGGAUGAAGCAAAAACACUGGAGUCCAUGCUGGAGAACAUACCUACAGGCACAGGAACAGAACCAAGGGAGGAGUUCGGGAGUAACGCCUUUCAGGUUAAACAGCUGAUGGAAACCAUAGCGCACAUAGUGACAGAAAGUACAGAUUAUUAUACAAAUGAAUCACUGGAGAGAAUCGGAAGAGACAUAGAGACGGAAGCACGGAAUAUAAUGAAAGAGCUGGAGGAGGCAGGAGAAAAACAAACAAUGUCUGAGAUCAGGAGACGAGCCAGAGAGAGAGUGAGGACCAAGAGUCUUAGAUCAAUAGCAGCAGGGUCAGUGGGGGUUUUACUGGGGAUACUGCUGGGUACGACUGUUGGACCAUCAUUUCCUGCAAUAUUAGCAGCUGGACUUCUCAGCAUUCAGAGGAUGAAUUUUGGAUGUACAGUUUUUAAGUCCAUCAGAAAGUUAUUUAGCUAAAAACAGGUUGAGGUAGCAGAGAUAACAGGGGAAGCAGGGGUGGCAGCUGCAGAGGGAGGGGUGACAAUAGGACAGAAGCUGGGGCUCUAGGGGCAGGAGUAGUUACAGGAAUAGGUUUAGGAGUAACAGCUGGGGUUCUUGCUGCAGUAGGGGCUGUAAGAGGGGGGAUCGAAGGGGCCAAAGCUGCAGCCAGAGCAGACUACCCAAAAGAAGUGGGAUAGAAAGCAGUAAAAGCUGUAGCUGGAAGAGCAGAGGACGUAGUGAAGGGAGCCUGGAAUGUAGGACGCAAACUGAGAAAAAUGAAAGAAAGACGCAAUAAAAUUUAAAUAGUGACAUCUCAAACUGCACAGCUGCUUGUAUGAAACAAAUUUCUCACAAAAUUUAUUUCCUUAAUAUAUAUUUUAUUGCUGUCUCAGAAAAAAAAUCUCAUUGUGAAAUAAUUCAAAUGAAUAACAACAGUUUCAUAUACAUUGAUCUAUUCAGUUUCAAUAACCACUUGUCU